AGCAGAUUUUAAAAACUAAAGGAAGAUGUCUUUUUUUCCCAAAAUCUCUUUCCAACGUGAAGUUGAAGAGUAUGUCACCAAAGUGUUCAGAAAUAAUGAGCUUAUCACCGCUUUAGGUACACAGGAGGCAGAGAGUAAAUAUCAAUCUCUGUUAAGUCAUCUAUCUCAUCCACCAGGUUUCACAACUGUUAGAGUUAAUACCCACUUGGCCUCAGUGAAACACGUGAAAAAAUUGCUCUUUGAAGAGAUCCAGAAGCAAUUUAAAGGACUAUGUGUUCCAGUUCUUGAGCACCCGAAACUCCAGGACAUCUUAAUAAUUCCUGUCAUUGGACCCAGGCGAGAUUUAAAAAAACAUUCAUCUGAAGUCAUUGUUGGAGCCCACUGUGGAUAUGCAGUACUUCGAGGAGCACAUGUUUAUGUCCCUGGAAUCAUAUCUACCUCAAGAUUUAUGAAAGCUGGAGAUCUGGUCUCAGUGUAUUCAGAUAUUGAAGGGAAAUGUAAAAGAGGAGCCAAAGAAUUUGAAGGAGUCAAAGUUUUUCUUGGAAAUGGGAUUUCAGAACUGAGUCGCAGUGAAAUCUUUAGUUCAAGUGGCCCCUUGAAUGGCAUGGGUGUAAGAAUGAUAGAGCCAGUCUACCUUAGUCUUUCGUUUGACAAUGUGCUCCCUAGUCAUUUGUUUUUACAGAACUUGCCUUCUGUGAUUGUGAGCCAUAUUUUAAGACCUCAACCAGGAGAGAGAAUUUUGGAUAUGUGUGCUGCACCUGGAGGAAAAACAACCCAUCUUGCAACAUUAAUGCAUGACCAGGGUGAAGUAAUAGCCAUGGACAAGAUAGCUAACAAGGUCAAAAAAAUUAAGCAGAAUGCUGAAUUGCUACAGCUGAAUUGUAUUAAGGCCUUUCGCUAUGAUGGAACAAAGGCACUUUCAGUUGAGAAGAGAGAGGAUGAACAAGAAGGACCUCCAUUCUUACCAGAGUCAUUUGAUCGAAUUCUUCUUGAUGCUCCAUGUAGUGGGAUGGGACAGAGACCAAACAUGGCUUAUUCCUCAACUUUAAAGGAAGUGACUUCUUACCAGCCACUACAGCGCAAGCUUUUCACUGUGGCAGUGAAAUUGCUGAAGCCAGGAGGUGUUUUAGUAUAUAGCACAUGUACAAUUACACUCUCUGAAAAUGAGGAGCAAGUUGCUUGGGCUCUGAAAACUUUCCCAUGCCUCCAGCUUCAGCCACAGGAGCCUCACAUUGGAGGAGAAGGCAUGAGGGGAGCUGGACUGUCGCUUGAUCAGUUGAAGCUGCUGCAGAGAUUUGAUCCAUCUGCUGUGCCAUUGCAAGGAAUGGAUAUUAAUUCUUUGCAAGAUUCCGGGGAAGAUGAUCUGAUUUCACUGGCAAAUAAGGACUGUAUAGGAUUUUUUAUCGCAAAAUUUAUUAAAUCGAACAGUAAAUAAGCAUUUAGGAAUGCAACCUGAAAAAAUACCUCUGUGAGUCUAAGAACAGUUCAGAUGUGCAGUGCGUUUCUUACUGCUGCAAUGUUGCCAAGCCAACGGGCUGACGGCAGGGUUGCUAUGGCAGCAAUAAAAUCUGCCAGCUGUUGUGCUGGGAAAGAGCCACAGGUUGCAGAAAGAAAGUCAUGGCUGGGGGAAGGGUAGUAUCGUUUUUAAGCCUCCAUUUGCUCUUGUAUUUACAGCAGGUCAGCGCAUGAAUGACAAGUAUGUUCACUCAUACCGCUGUCUGUUCUAUCUUUCCCCAUGCGAGUUGCUUAUCUAGUGCAGCAAGCGUAGGAACAGGGUUUCUCUGGGAGGGGAAGUAAGUUACUUUAUGAAAUGCAAACAUAAAUAAAAUAGAUGGGAACUAUUAUUGUGAAUUUUGGAAAAGGUAGUUUCUAUGGAGGUUUACCAAUAGUUAAUGUUUCAUUAAAUAGUGCUUCAUGAAACACUGUAACAUUUUACAAAGAACUGUUUAUAAAUUGAUACUUAGAACCUCAUUUCUCUUUUAUUUUAAUACAAGCAAGAUUCUCUGUACACAUAGUAUAUACACAAAAUACGAUUAGGCUUUGUAGCAUGUCUUUUAUAGCAGCAUGAAUAUAUUAAACGGUCUCACUCUGAGAAUGUAAAUAAAUAUUGUUUCAACAUCAAACUUCCCAUGCAUAAACUGUAUUGGUUCUGAAAUAGCCUAUUGGACUGGCUGACAAGUGACAAUUUUAAAAUCAAACAUUUGCAACAGAAGGGGCUACAGUUGUGAUUAAUAUAUCAAAAGACAGAAAACAAUGCAUAAUACCAUCUGAAAUGUUGCAAAUCACCUUUCAAACAACUAAGAAUAUUAACUCUUUAUUGGUUAGAAAGCAUCACCAGCUAAAAUCAUAUGAAAAUUGAAACUGGGGAAGCAUGCUAAUGAGAACUGCCUUAAUACACUGCUCAAAGUUUUAAUAAUCUAAAUUUCUUAAAGGUGUUAGAUGCAUUUGAAAAUUCUGCUUCAGGUCCAGAGAUGUUCUCCGUUUGAACAGUAUUCUCUUUUCUCAGUACUGCUGGAACUGACAAUAGCACUAAAAUUAGAGGGAAAAGGUAAGUACAAUUUGAAAACGUAAACUGACAUCUCUGUGUGUUUGGUUUUUUCUUCUCACUCAUCAAUUUCCAGUUUUUAAAAGCAUUAUCUGAAAAAUGUCUGUCUUUUCACACUAAAAAGUCUGUCUUUUCACUGUUUGGUUGGAUUAAAAAGAGCGAUACUUCUUUUUCCGUUUGUCUUUAUACUGUCCGAAGUGCUUUUGCAUUUGCUCACAAUCAAAACAAUUUAUACAAUUCUGUUUCUCAGUAGUCUGGUUGUUUACUUAUAUUUGCUAUAAAUGUUUUGAUACCGUAUGUUUUCUACUGUUCUUAAAUAAAACAAAUGUCCCUUCUAUUCUGCCAACGUUGCCUAGUACAUCCUCUGUAAGGCCUAUCCUAGCAGGAUAGGAGGAUAGAAUUCUUCUCUACUACUUGUCUACUUUUGUUGGUCACUCCUUGCCAUUAACCACAACAUGUCUAAAGAAGAUUUAAAGUCAUUUUGUUUCAUCAGUAGUAGGUGAGAUAGCCUAUUUAGAAUCAUGAAAGCUCAUACUAUAAAUUACAGUCUUUUUAGUCUAAAUAUGGCUAAAAUAAUUACUUGGUA